AUGCUCAAUAUCACUGUUGCUGUUUCGGAAUUUCUCUUGGACUGUGCCAUCAUUCCCGGUCAAAGAAGUCUGACAGUUGCAGCCCUCAUUUUAGUCUACGUGGUCUCCAUCAUUGGAAACGUAUUGGUCAUUAUAGUCGUAAAAAUAAACCAACAGCUUCAUUCUCCAAUGUACAUCUUCAUUGGCACCUUAGCCAUUAUAGACCUAGCAAACAGCACCAUCAUCAUUCCAAAAAUGUUGGCAAUCAUUCAAUUUGAUUACACAGUAAUAUCAUAUGAAGCUUGCUUAGCACAGAUGUUUGGCAUAAUUAACUUGGAACAAAUUGUUGCUCUUCUUUUAGCCUUGAUGGCAGUUGACCGCUAUAUUGCGGUUGUCUAUCCACUGAGAUAUCCUUCUAUUGUCACAAGAAAUCUUGUCGUUGUCGUCAUCUCAGUUUUGCCUGUGUUUUCAAUCGUUCUACACAUAUCUUAUUUAGUGUACACUACUGAGCUUUCUUUUUGUCACACAAAUGUCCUGCCCUAUUGUCUGUGUGAUUAUGCCACACUGGUGCACGCCUCCUGUAAUGAAGAUCCCAAAUAUUUAUCCCUUUUGUCCAUUAUGGUAAUGGUGUUAGGCAUAUGUCCUUUGUUGCUAAUUUUACUCUCAUACUUUAGAAUAGUUAUAGAGGCACUCAAAAUCAAGUCAAAGGACAGGAACAACAAGGUGUUCAGCACUUGUGUCACCCACAUCAUUGUGGUCUGCUUUUUUUACCUUCCACCCCUAACGUCUUAUAUUCUGCCUGGGGCGGGUUUAGAGGUCUCCUCGGCGGGCUACAAUGCAGUGUUCAUUUCAGGAAAUGUGGUUCCUCCAAUGAUGAAUCCAGUUAUCUACAGCUUCAGGAACAAGGAAAUAAAAAGUAGCAUCUACAAGUUUUUCACAGGGAAGAGACUCGGUGAGGACUUGAUGCAUCAUUGA